UGAAACUCAAAAAACUUAAAAUAAAAGGUAUUGGUGAUUUAGAUGUUAAAAUCUUUUAGACUGUGCAGUUUUAUUCCUGUAAAGUGAUAAAUCUGAACUAUCAAGAGGAAUUAUUUAAGAUUUAAAUGAGUGGAUAUGAGCAUAAAGAUGAGUCCUAAAUGAAAAUGUCAUCCUGCUGGUUCCAGUGGCUCAGCUUACUUUUCCUGAAGUCUUAAACCCUGGUGGGUGCACUGCUGUGUUUUUUUAGCUUUUUUUCUGAAUAUUAUUCUUAUAAAUGGUUUAUGAAAUGCUUCUGAGAAACAUUUAACUGUGUCACUAUAACUCAGAGCUGCUGCUGCUGCUGCUGGGCAAGACUUCAGUUAUCUUUGGAAACUUGAGAAGAAGGGCCAGGAGCUCCCGGUCUGCAGUCUGCUUCUUCUUGGAAACUCGGGGAGCAGCUGAGAGAGGCUCAACAUUUCAAACGUCUGGCGGCUGGUUGCAAAGUCUCCACCCUGCAGAGCAGACUGUGUGGUGCUGCAGCAGCAGGCUGGGGCCGGACACCCAACACAUGUAGACCAGAUGUCCGUUCAGCUGGAAGGAGGCCCGCAGCUGGAGACAACAGCUAAACUAAAGUCMGAGAAAGUUUUUGAUGUGACGCGGUCUGACGGCUGCUCGGAACACCGGGGAGGAGAGAACCAAGUGGCCCCGUCUGCUGGGGGCCACCACCAGCAGCAGCAGAAAGCGCGCAAGAUGACCCGCAGCCCCAAAUGCGCCCGCUGUCGAAACCACGGCGUCGUGUCGUGCUUGAAGGGCCACAAACGCUUCUGCCGCUGGAGGGACUGCCACUGCGCCUGCUGCCUGCUGGUGGUGGAGCGGCAGCGCGUCAUGGCCGCGCAGGUGGCGCUCCGGCGGCAGCAGGCUGCGGAGGUGAGGAGAGCGCAGGGACAGGGUAAAAGGGGGGUCAAGUGUUCAGCCCCGUUGAGGAGAACAGCAUAUCAGUGUUUCAGCAGAGCAGCCGAGUCGAGCCUCCCGCCGGGCUUCAAACCCGCGACGCCUCCGGARUGCGACGCGUCCCGCUGGUCCAAGCAGCCACAGCGUCACCAGACGCACUUCCCGUGCCCCUCCAUCAGCGCCCGCAUGAGGAAGAGGCGAGCCUUCGCCGACAAGGAGCUGGAGAACGUGAUGCUGGAGCACGAGCUGAGACAGAGAGAGCUGCAGAGCGACUUCCCGUUCCCCUCCGCRGGUCUCGUUCCCCUGCUUCACCCCCCGCCUCUGCCCAUCUCCCCCGGCCUGCACGGCUGCAGCAAGGACUCUUCCUCUGCAGGGGCGUCCAGCUGCGUGCCUGAAUAUAAAUAUGAGCCUCUUUGUGAAUGUGGCCUCCAGUUUUAUGAGCUCUUCCACCUAAAGAGCAGGUCCUCCACGGGAGGCGACUAUAAUGACUUUUUGUUAUGCCAAAGCUCCGCACAACAUGUAGAGGAUAAGGAGGCGCAGAACAGCUGGAAAGACUGCGUGAAGAAAAAACAGCUCGAUCUCAUGCCUCUGCCGUCACAACAAAGGCUCAAAAAUGAGUUCAACACCGUGCCACAUGUUGGUUUUCUCAAACCGGGCUCAAAACAGACAGAAAUAACGAAGUCAGAUGGCUCUUCGGCAACUGCAGUCUCUAUUUUUAGAUCAGAUCUGUGCGUUGUGGCUGCAUCAGACAUARCGCCACACAACAGGACUUUUGAUCCCAGACCUCUGGCGGCUCGAGGCUGGAUCACAGACCCUCUUUCCCCUCAUGCAGGUCCUCGUGCCGACCCAGAGGAGAGUCCUCAGCGCAGCUCGGCGAGGACUGCGACUGUGAGGCCUCUGCCGUUCUCUGUGGAGGCUCUGCUCAGGGCCUGACAGCCAAAUGGAAAGCAGACUUUAGUGCACUUUGUUAUGUAUGAACUUGAAUUCAAGGCUACGGAUAUAAGAAAUGCAYCUGUAUACACAUUUUGCAACAUAAAUGUAUUAUUUAAAGUGCCUGUGACAUGAAAUUUUUWAAAUAAAUAUAAAGGCAUUAUUGGAAAGAUAA